AUGAGUCAGUUUAUUACAGUACAAGUUGGACAAUGUGGGAAUCAAAUUGGUUCUGCCUUUUGGCCUUUGGCUUUACACGAGUAUGGUAUACAGACUGAAACUAGCGGAACAAAUCUACUUAAAAUCCAACAAAGUAGUAUUAAAAACAUAAAUGAAGUGUUGGACACAUUUCAUAGUUUUUUUUUGGUACCUGAUAGUUCAAACAUUUCAUGCCUGAAGACUAUCACAGAUUUAAAAAAAGCUAAAGUGAAAGCUAGGGCAAUAUUAAUCGAUAUGGAAGAUAAUGUAAUAGCAGGAUUAAAAAGAAGCAGUUUGCAAGAUUUAUAUGAAGAAACUUCUAUGGUGUCAAGUUAUCCAGGAUCUGCAAAUAAUUGGGCUAUAGGCUAUCAUGAUCAUGGUACAAGAUAUUACGAGAAAUUAGAGAAUGCUAUAAGACGUAUGGUAGAAAAGUGUUGUCAAUUGCAUGGUUUCUUAAUUAUGCAUUCUGUAGGAGGUGGUACUGGCUCUGGUUUAGGAACAGCCACCUUGAAGUUACUAGCUGAUUAUUAUCCUAGAAUAGAUAGAUUGGUAUCUUGCAUAUAUCCAACAUUUAUGCAAGAUGUUGUCACUGCUCCAUACAAUGCGCUGUUAGCGACACGAGAACUUUUAGAGCAUGCAACAUGCGUAUUUCCUGCCGAUAAUACAUCGUUGAUGGAAAUAUGCACAUUGCAAUCAAAGAAAAGGGAAAACAUGGAUCAAAUAAAUUACAAUGUCUCGUGCAGACCAUUUCAUGACAUGAAUAGUAUUGUUGUAAAUAUGCUUCUUCACUUAACUAGUGGGUCUCGAUUUCCCGGCACCUUAAACAUGGAUAUGAAUGAAAUAGCAACGAAUCUUGUAGCAUAUCCAAAACUACAUUACAUAUACAGCAGCGUUAGUCCAAUAGCGUUAACGGCAUCGACAAUGCAAGGAACAAAGCUACAAGACGAAUUGUUCACCAAUCUAUGGUUACGAAGCAAUCGACUGAUCAAAAUAGAUCCACAGCAGCCUGGUUCAGUAAUUUUUAGCGGCGCCCAUAUUGCAAGAGGGAAUUGUUCUGUGACCGAUCUAAAGCGAAACAUAAAAAGAUUUCAAGAUAAAGUUAAUUUCACGGCAUGGAGUAAGGAAGCUAUGAAAAUAGGUUUGUGCUCCAUACCCCCCGCUGGUCAUUCAGCCUCCGUUUUGUGCCUCUUAAACUCUUCCGCGAUGUCGUCGUUAUUUACAAAUAUUGUAGAACAAUUUAGAACAUUAUAUAGGAGGAAGGCACAUGUGCAUCAUUACACGCAAGUACAGGGCUUUGAAGAAGCUCAUUUUUUCGAUAGCAAAGAGUCAAUUGCAAACCUAAUUACACAGUACACAGAACUACAAAGGCAAAAGCAAAUUAAUGUUCCUAGACUACAGGUAAUUUAA